CCCAGGCCGGAGCGCCCGCAGACGCGGAGACGCGGCGCGGGGACCGAGAGGCGCUCGGGCUCCACAGCCUCCCUCCCCUCCCCUCCCUUCGCUGUCUUCUCCUUCUCAGCCGGACCGGAACUAUGUGAUCCCGGAAGUUCCGGGGCCAUUGCUGUGUGGGAUAAACAGUAAUGGCGGAGGCUGCGGCUCCCGGAACAACAGCCACAACAUCAGGAGCAGGAGCGGCAGCGGCGGCGGUGGCAGCGGCCUCCCUCACCCCUAUCCCCACAGUCGCUGCCCUGUCCCCGGGGGUGGGCGGCGGGGGCGGCGGCAGCGACGGCAGCGGCGGCGGCUGGACGAAACAGGUCACCUGCAGAUAUUUUAUGCAUGGGGUUUGUAAGGAAGGAGAUAACUGUCGAUACUCUCAUGACCUCUCUGACAGUCCAUAUGGUAUAGCGUGCAAGUAUUUUCAAAGAGGGUACUGUGUUUAUGGAGACCGCUGCAGAUAUGAACACAGCAAGCCACUGAAACAGGAAGAAGUGACUGCUACAGAUCUGAGUGCGAAACCACCCCUUGCCGCUUCCUCAAGUCUCUCUUCGGGAGUUGGAUCCCUUGCUGAAAUGAAUCCAGGCGAAGCUGAGUCAAGAAACCCAAACUUUGCAACUGUAGGAGCAGGUUCAGAGGACUGGGUGAAUGCCAUUGAGUUUGUCCCCGGGCAGCCCUACUGUGGCCGUACUGCCCCUUCCUGCACUGAAGUACCCCUGCAGGGCUCAGUGACCAAGGGAGAGUCAGAGAAGGAGCCGGCUGCGGUGGAGACAGAGAAGCAGCUUUGCCCCUAUGCUGCAGUGGGAGAGUGUCGCUAUGGGGAAAACUGUGUGUAUCUCCACGGAGACUCCUGUGACAUGUGUGGCCUGCAGGUCCUGCACCCAAUGGAUGCUGCCCAGAGGUCACAACACAUAAAAUCUUGCAUUGAGGCCCAUGAGAAGGACAUGGAGCUCUCUUUCGCUGUGCAGCGCAGCAAGGACAUGGUAUGUGGGAUCUGCAUGGAGGUGGUCUAUGAGAAAGCCAACCCCAGCGAGCGCCGCUUUGGGAUCCUGUCCAACUGCAACCACACCUACUGUCUCAAGUGUAUCCGCAAAUGGAGGAGUGCUAAGCAAUUUGAGAGCAAGAUCAUAAAGUCCUGCCCCGAAUGCCGGAUCACAUCUAACUUUGUCAUUCCAAGUGAGUACUGGGUGGAGGAGAAAGAAGAGAAGCAGAAACUCAUUCAGAAAUACAAGGAGGCCAUGAGCAACAAGGCGUGCAGGUAUUUUGAUGAAGGACGUGGGAGCUGCCCAUUUGGAGGGAACUGUUUUUACAAGCAUGCGUACCCUGAUGGCCGUAGAGAGGAGCCACAGAGACAGAAAGUGGGAACAUCAAGCAGAUACCGGGCCCAACGGAGGAGCCACUUCUGGGAGCUCAUUGAGGAGAGAGAGAACAACCCCUUUGACGACGAAGAGGAGGUUGUCACCUUUGAGCUGGGCGAGAUGUUGCUUAUGCUUUUGGCUGCAGGUGGGGACGACGAGCUGACAGACUCUGAGGACGAGUGGGACUUGUUUCACGAUGAGCUGGAGGAUUUUUAUGACUUGGAUCUAUAGCAGCUUUGCGUGGCGCGUGAACUGGUCUGCGGAGCCCAGACAGUGGCUGUCCCUGUGCUGUGUGGCAGUGCGUGUGGCUCUCCUAGGCAGGCCUCUCAAACUCCAGGUGCUGUCGUGAUCACUACCCAGGGCCUGCUCCUACCCCUCCCCUUUCCCUAAGAGUGUGUUGUUUUCUCUGUUUCAAAAGUUACAAAAAUAAAUCUUAAAGUUAGUUUUUUUGUAACAUGAAUUUAACUGUCAGACAGUUAGUGUAGGUUUGUUGCGCCAUCUGUUUUCAGCCAGGUUGUGUUCGUGGACUUUGCACACUCGUUUUGAGACCCCAGGUUCAAAGGAAAAAGCACUGAGUGUGCUUUGGGGUCCAAGGAUAAGGGGCAAUUGGGAAAAAAGGGACCCAAGUUGGCAAGUCGCUCUCUGCGCUAGACGUAGGAGGGCUCCUUGAGGUUUCUGUGAGAUCUGCACCUUUGUGGUUUGUAUCUGUCCCUGCCCUGUAAUCCCAUCACACGUGCUUGUCCUGUGGUUUGGGGCUCUUGUUUCAUUGCACGCAAGGAAUACUACUACUGAGUAACCAGAACCCGGUGCAAAUGUGUUGAGGUUAACCUGAGAAAAAUCUAGAAACACAUGAAGGAUGCAGUGGCGUUCUAUCAAUGCAGAGUUGGCAGUUAACUCCCAAGGAUGGAUGGACUUGGUGGUGAGCGUGAUUGAGCGUGUGAGCAGCUUCCCAUCUGCAUAGGUGCAGUAUCCUUAGCCUUAGUGGGCAGACAUGGAUUAGUGGUUUCAGCCGUGUGUGGCAGGUAGAUGGUAAAGGACCAAGCAGUGUGUCCGUAGUUGUUAACAUAGCAGUGCUAGUAGUAGCUCUGUCUGUCUGUCUGUCCGCUAGAGAAAUGGAUCAGCCAUAGAGGUUAAAUGACCUGCUUAUCAGUGCAAGCUAGGUCUUGGACACACCGUUGUAUUGAGUGUUUUAUGGUCUAGCCUUUUCAGUUGAGGCACUUUUUGGAAAAACCUUUGUCCUCGUUGGAGGGGACCUGUUGUGAGAGUCUGUGUUUGGUUUGUGGGUGUCUGCCUCAUUCCAUCCCUGAGCUUUGGAAGUAGACAGGUGGAUUCCAAACUGAGGUGUUGGUUGUACUAGAGGGGUCGUUUGCAGUAGUAAUAAACCAUUUCCCACUAAGAAAGGGAGGGUGUGGCCACCCGCAAGACAAGCAAAAGUUAAGUUGCUAGAGUUCCUUGAUGGGAAUUUCACCUUUGCAUUUUGUUGCGCUCUCUUUCCGGAAAUAACUUGAGAUGCUCGGAUUUGUCCCUCUGCCUUGCUUCCCGGAACACACCCGUUCUUUCACUUAAGAAAAACAAGUCAUCGUGGCCGAGGUCUCUGUACUUUGCAGCUGCCCUUUUGUAAGAAGCACUUUUCCCAAAUAAAACCAUUUAAAAGAAA